ACAAAAAGGGAAUAUUGAAUAAAGAACUCUCAGAUGUACUUUGAAUUUUACUUUUUAUUUACAGAUAGCAACUGCUAAAUUUCGCUAAAAUACUGAAAUCUGGAGACAUCCGCUUACAACAUAAAGUGCACUUUCCAACGGCUGAAUUUGUAAACAAAACGACAGAAAUCUGAAGGUUUCCUUGAAACUUAAAAUGCAACGCUUUAAUGACACGCUUUGUUCAACUAUCUCAAACAAUAGAACAAUGUCCAUUUGAAAUUUCUGUGACAGGGGUCAUGUUCAAUAUCUAACUUGGUCUUUCGUUAACACCCCUCCACUAUUCAGUGUUCGUUCUACCAUUAAAUAUAUUUCAAUUUAGAAUACUGCCUCUAAUGCCCCCUUGUUCGUCUGGAGCACUUUUAAACUUUUGAAAAAAUCACGCAUGUUGACACGUGAACAGAAAACGUAUUAUUAGCCCAUUGUCAUUAAUUUGUCUGAAAUUUGACGCUAUCACGGUCAAUGCACUGGUCAAAGUGUCUGUUUUAUAACUGGUCCCAUUAAAUAUGCAAAAUGACCCAUCUUGUUAAGUUUUCUGCUUAAAUAGAACGUUCUAAUCAUAAGAAUGCGUAUUAUGUUAGGCAGACUUGCGAACUGAAAUAUAAUCUUUCUUAGGAAUUUGUGAACUUACAUUUUGUUUAAUUCGAUUAAAUAUAUAAAAAAAAAACAAUAAUUAUGUAUGCAACAGCGGUCCUAAUGGUGGUGUUUGUGCUCGGACUAGUUGUUCUUGGGAAACGCAGAGCGAAAAUUGCAUCUUCAGCUCCGGGCCCACUUGGGUGGCCAGUUAUCGGAAAUCUACCUCAGUUAGGGCGCAAGCCCCACAAGGUCUUGACUGACUUACGUGAACGUUAUGGCGAUGUGUAUCAGAUCAGGAUGGGCUCGUGCCCAACAGUUGUUUUAAAUGGCGUGAAGACGAUCAGACAGGCGCUUGUAAAGCAGUCGGAAGACUUCGCCGGACGGCCUGAUUUUUAUUCUUUCAAGUUUAUAGCUAAUGGAAACAGCAUGGGCUUCAGUGACUAUGGCGCGAGGUGGAAAAUGCACCGUCGAAUUGCACAGAACGCAUUGGCGUUAUGUGCUAACAAGAAAUACAAUCCGAUAGAGGAAGCUAUAGUUUCGGAGGCCAAGUUUCUCGUGCAAAAUCUGCUGAAGUCGGGUGAGCGGCCCGUAGAUCCACACAAUGAAAUUUACCUUUCUGUAGGCAACAUCAUAUGUGCACUGUGUUUUGGUAAAAGAUACCGUCGGGAUGAUCCUGAUUUCCUACAACUGAUUAAAAAUAACGACGAAUUCAUGGCAUUUGCUGGGGCAGGUAACCCCGUGGACAUUAUGCCGUGGAUGCGACAUUUUACGAAAAGGUCUUUUAAGCAGUUCCUGAUGAUACUGGAUACGAUGAACAAUCUUUGUUUGAAGAAACAACGUGAGCAUCUGGAUACAUAUGACCCGGCCUACGUACGUGACAUCACAGAUGCGUUAAUCAAGGCGACUGAAGAAACGACGAAUGCAGAGAAAGUGUCUGUCGGACUAACGGACGAACAUAUUAUGACAACAUUGCAAGAACUUAUUGGCGCUGGUUUUGACACAAUAGCGAGUACACUUCAGUGGUCCAUUCUCUACCUUAUGACAAAUCCAGAGUGGCAGGAAAAGGUUCACCAAGAAAUACACACCACCUAUGGCUCAGACAAAGAUCCGGACGUUGCAGAUUUAUCCGAACUACCAUACACUGAAGCGACGAUCCUCGAAACUAUGAGGCAUUCUUGCAUUUUUCCAUUUGCCCUGCCACACAGCACAACGAAAGAUACACAUUUAAACGGACAUUUUAUUAAAGAGAAAACUCUCGUUUUCGUCAAUUUAUGGUCCGUCAGCCAUGACCCAGAGUAUUUCAAUGAACCGGAACUAUACAAUCCAUCUCGGUUUUUAGACACUUCCGGUACCAGAGUAGAUCGGUCAAAACUGGACUUUUUCCUUCCAUUUGGUACAGGAAAGAGGAAAUGCCCAGGAGAACAGCUGGCUAAGAUGGAACUAUUUCUAUUCUUUACCAUCCUUGUACAAAAGUGCAAAUUUGAGGUCGUGCCAGGGGAACAUCCGGUUGUUGAUAGCAAAUAUGGUCUUACAUUAAAGCCCCUCGACUUUAACGUCAUUGUACGCGAACGAAAUCAGGCAGAUCAAGGCCAGGAACCUAAUCUGGUAAAGUAAAGUCAGAAUUUAAAAUAUGAGCUGUAUGAAAGAUAGCAACUCAUCUGCCUAGGUUGGAAUUAUUAUCUGUAUUUACCAGCUAUAAUAGUCGCACUACGUCGCAGUGUGUCUGUCUGAGGUUGUAU